CUGACCCUCACGCUGCUAUAACGGUCAAAUGGCAGAGACCGCAUGAGGAGGAGAGCAGGUGCACAAAAGUCAGUUGGUGCCGGUGACUCAGGAGACUGGAUGCAGCUGGGAACUGCUGAACACAGCCAGCCCCGGGAGCAGUGAGAGGAGACAAGUGACAGCCGCUAGGGAGAACCAGCAGAUCUUUACAAGGGGGAGCGCGGUGAGAGUGUGACGCAGCCCAGAGAAGAUGUGGUCGGGAGCCCGGAGUCUGCACGGUACCUGCCAGCUAUCCUUCCAGGCAUUGGGAGGAGAGGAGAUCACACUGAGGGUUAAUCGAGAAUCCAGUUGAUGACCGUUGGAGUGAAUCUGAAACACAAGGAAGAACAGACAGUUGUGAAGGUACAAGUCAAAGUGCAACCUAGGGGAAGGGUAUUAAUACAUGCUCUUCAUUGGCUUUCCCAAGCAAGCCUAAACUACAUAAGUGCUUGGGUGGAGGCACGCCUUAGUAGUCACUGAUAGUAACCCCCUCACUGCAGGGAAAUAGUGGGUAGGAAAGGGUUACAUAUGGAGGCACUGCUGAGAUCCCAGUAGAACGAUGCGUUUCGGAUCUCUCUGGUCUAUAAUACAGGUGAACAAUGGAAGAGGUAACAUUGACCGAUCUUUAUCGAUGGUGUAGGGAGAAGGGGGUGGAGCCCCUCUGUAGUUUCGGCAUCAGGGGAGCAUUGGCCACUGUAGAUGAUGACUCUGUGUUACGAGCAGUGGGAAAUCUUUACGGUAUAAGUGAGCCUUGUAUAAUUGACCGGUGGAAAGGACAGUAUGGUGAUACAUAUGCCAUGCUGAUCAGUAAUCGGAAUCUGUUGGAUAAGACCUUAAUCCCCAUUAUGUUGGUAGUGGAAGGAGUAGCUGGGCGGAAAGUAUAUGUAUUGUGGCCCGAAGCGGGUGAGACUACGGGAGAAGAGGCCACAUCUGGGGGAGAGGAUGGCAUGGAACCAUUUGCCUGUGGGGAGGGACCAUGCCACCCCAGUGCCCAUGAGGUACCUGGUAAUAAUGAGUACGACACUAGCACAGGAGUUGACGCAGUUGUGGGGAAGAUGGUCAGCCAACUGGAACGUUGGCAUUAUGAAGGUGGCUAUAGACGUCUACGGAUAUUCUCAGGAAUCACCCCAGUACCAGCAGGAGAGGAAACGUAUGACACAUGGCGGGAAGCCGCCAUCCAACAUUCGGAGGAAUGGCAAUGCCCGGAACACAUCAAAAAACAGCGUAUUGUGGAGAGUUUACGAGGGCCCGCUAUGAGAGUAAUUCAGGCCACCCGGCGAAGUAAAGUGACAGCUAGCUUGAAAGAUUACAUUGAGGCUUUGGAUUUCUCUUACGGUACUAUAGAGGAUGUCGGAGAUUUACUAGCCCGCUUGAAUCGGACUUAUCAGGAGCCGGGGGAGACGUUGACCCACUAUAUAUAUAGGAUGGAUCGACUGAUCUACAAGAUUGUAGACAAGGGAGGAAUUGCCAAGGAGGCAGUGGAUGAGAAUCGCCGGAGACAGAUAUUAAAAGGGGCCAUGACUAAUAAUCCGGUGGCGCAGAGAUUGAGGUGCACCAUGACUACAGGACCUCCUCCUACGCUGACUGAACUAGUCAAAGAAGUCAAGCUGGAGGAAGUGCAAAUCGAAACUAGGGAAAAGAGUAUAAAAAAGGUGAAAGUCGUAUUACCAACUCCGACCACUCCCACCAUGGAUGACCGGUUGCUAAAAUUGUUAGAAGAGCAAAAUAAAAAAAUAGACCAGCUGAUUGCGCUGCAGACAAGCUCUCAGUCUAGCCCAUACUGGCAUCCAAGGGGGAGGAAUCAGGGAAGUAGGCCCCGGAAUCCAAUCAUAUGCUACAGUUGUGGGCAAGCCGGGCAUAGAUCAUUUGAAUGUCCUGGUAAUGCAGUCAGAAGGAGGGGAAAUAGUAGCAGCCCGCGCAGGAGAACUACUAACCUGGAAAACUCCAAUGGGAGUGCUGUGACCCCCCUCACAGGCUACCCAAUUAUAAAUAUUAGAGCAAUGGGGAGUGCCCAGUGGUCGUCCACCAUACCAGAUAGCCUAAUGGGACCCGCGCCACUGGUUAAAGCCUUGAUCAAUGGACAAGACUGUACUAUUCUAAUGGACAGUGGGUCACAGGUAUCUAUUGUAUUUGAAUCUUGGUACCGGGAGCACCUGCCGGAUGUACCCAUCCACCCUCUAAGUGGUCUUACUGUGUGGGGUUUGAGCGAACAGAAGUAUCCCUAUUUAGGGUAUAUCAUCACCCAAAUCACGUUUGAACCCGGACUGAUCACCCCUAAUGAGACUGUACCCUUGAUAGCAUUAGUAUGCCCUGAUUCUCCGGGGGAUAAUGGACAGCUACCCGCCAUAGUGGGAACUAACACCAACAUGUUUCGAAAUCUCAGUCGAUGGUGUGAAAGACAAGAGAAGGAAAGUCGUCUGACGGGGGGUGUUCGCAUAUGUGAAGGAGGUUAUAUAUGUCCACUGGUAGGAAACCAGUCUGUCCCUGCUGAUGCUUCCCUCAGUUUCAAGACCACUAUCCAAGGGGACAUUGACCUAUCACCAUGUUUCCGGGGCAGCGAUAUUGACAAUGACAGUAGGCAACGACUGAUCGAACAACUGCAGUUGAGGGAAUCUGUAUUCUCCAGGAGCGACUGGGAUCUAGGUACUGCGAGUGGGGUAGAACAUCACAUCAACUUGUUGGAUAACACCCCGUUCAGGGAAAGGUCACGGCGGCUAGCCCCAGCUGAUUUCGAAGAUGUCAGGGAGCACUUACGCAAUUUAUUAGAGAACAAUGUCAUUGCAGACUCAGAAAGUCCCUAUGCCUCUCCGAUAGUGGUCGCUCGUAAGAAAAGUGGGGAGAUCAGGCUAUGUAUAGACUAUCGCACCUUGAAUAGUCGGACGGUGCCGGAUCAGUACACGGUUCCAAAAGUAGAUGAAGCACUCGAUUGUUUGCAGGGGAGCCAAUGGUUUUCUGUCCUCGAUCUUCGAUGCGGGUAUUACCAGAUUCCGAUGAGCCCGAGGGACAGAGCCAAGACCGCCUUUAUAUGCCCCAUUGGGUUCUUUGAGUUCAUAAAGAUGCCCCAAGGUAUAAAAGGAGCUCCGGCCACAUUCCAACGAACAAUGGAAAAGACGGUAGGGGAUAUGUGCUACCGGGAGGUAUUGGUGUACCUCGACGAUAUUAUCGUCUUUGGAAAAGAUCUGAACGAACACAAUGAGAGGCUACUCAAGGUGUUAGAUCGACUGCAGGCUAGAGGAUUGAAAUUAUCCAUUGAGAAGUGUCAGUUUUGUCGUUCUUCAGUCAAAUACCUAGGGCAUAUUGUGAGUAGACAAGGCAUCGCAACUGAUCCAGAGAAGGUGUCAACUGUGAAGAACUGGCCCCGACCAGGCAACCUUAAAGAGUUAAGAUCCUUCCUCGGAUUCUGCGGUUACUACCGUAAGUUCGUGCCACAGUAUGCUGCACUUGCCAAACCUCUGACUGACUUGACCAAAGGCUAUCCCCCGGUUAAGAUGCGGCUGCCCCAAAAUCGAUUGGAUCGAGAAAGACUCUAUUAUAAGCCCCAGGAGCCUUUCAGGGAAAGAUGGACAGUACAGUGUGUAGAGGCUUUUAACAAUCUUAAAGACAGUUUGACAAAAUCUCCGGUACUGGCAUAUGUACAACCCGAACUUCCCUACGAGGUGCAUAUAGAUGCCUCCUUUGAUGGCCUUGGGGGAGUACUAUACCAAGUACAUGAUCAACAGUUGCGACCCAUUGCAUAUAUUAGCCGGGGACUGUCCAAUAGUGAGAAAAAUUACCCCGUUCAUAAGUUAGAAUUUUUGGCCCUUAAAUGGGCUGUAAGUGAAAAGUUUCAUGAUUAUUUAUAUGGGGUCCAGUUCACAGUACAGACAGAUAAUAACCCCUUGACAUAUAUCCAGUCCUCUGCGAAGCUAGACGCCACUGGACAUCGGUGGUUGGCGGCGCUGACCAACUACGACUUCACCAUCAAAUACCGUCCAGGAGCUAACAAUCAGGAUGCAGAUGCACUGUCACGUUUGCCCAAUAAAAAUGGUAGUGGGUUAGUGGAUGAAUAGGUGGAAGUACCUGCAGCGGCUGUUAAAGGGCUAUGUCAGCAUAUAAGUACCAAUAGACACAGUGAAACAGCUGCCAUUCUGACCACUGGGGCAUCAUCAUCAGCUAUUCCACUUUCCUACUGUUGGCUGAGUCGCAUAGAGCUGGAGGGGUUAGAUAUCAUAACCAGGGAGCAGAUGGCCCAAGCUCAACGGGAGGACUCUGAUAUCCUUGCCGUUAUGAAGUUAGUGGAGAAUCCCAAACUCCCAGUUGCUCGGAAACAAAUGUCUAAAUUGUCGAAAGUCCUCUGGCGUCAGCGACACAGAUUGAGAAUGAUGAAAGGCGUACUGUAUAGGACGGUUAAGAAAGAUGAUGGAGAGGUUAGGCUCCAGUUGAUAUUGCCCAACAUAUAUAAGUAUAUAGCAUUAGAAGCAUUACACGAUCGACAUGGUCUUUUAGGGUAUGAUAAGACCCAGGGUUUGGUAGCUGACCGGUUUUUCUGGCCCUUUAUGAACCACGACAUAGAACAGUUUUGUCGAACCUGUGGAAAUUGCAUCCUCCGGAAAACCUUACCUGCAAGAGCUGCUUCCCUAGUGAAUAUCAGCAGCGCUGGUCCAAUGGACCUAAUCUGCAUUGAUUUCUUGACGUUUGAAGGCCCAGACGGACAGGAUGGGCACAUAUUGGUUGUGACGGAUCAUUUCACACGGUAUGCCCAAGCCUAUAUCACUAACAAUCAGCGAGCUAGCACCGUUGCUACCACAUUGUGGGAAAAGUUUUUUAUUCAUUAUGGACUACCAGCGCGGAUACAUUCCGAUCAAGGGAGGGAAUUCUAAAGCCGGUUGAUUAAAGAGUUAUGCAGGUGUUGUGGCAUUCAAAAAUCUCGGACCACACCCUACCAUCCCCAAGGUGAUCUUCAACCCGAGCGAUUCAACCGAACCCUGCUUAACAUGCUAGGCACCCUGGAGUCCAAGAAAAAGUACCAAUGGAAACGUCAUGCAUCACCCUUGGUUCAUGCUUAGAACUGUACGCGAAAUGAGGCAACCGGAUUCACCCCAUAUUAUCUAAUGUUUGGUAGAGAAGCCAGACUACCCAUUGAUGUAUGCUUCAGCACUCAAAUUAAUUAAACGGCCGCAACAUCACAUUCACAGUAUGUAACACAACUCAGGCGACAGCUGCGGGAAGCAUAUCAGUUAGCACAAGUGUCUGCUCACAAGAUGGGGGAAAAGAACAGAGCUCAAGUUGAUCGAGGUGUCAAAGAGCAUUGUUUAAAGCCGGGAGAUAAAGUUCUGAUACGAGCAUUAGGGCUGCCCAAGAAACAAAAAUUGCAUAAUAGGUGGAGGAUGGAGCCUUACAUAGUAGUGAAGCAAUUACCUAAUAUACCGGCCUAUCAACUGGUGCGUGCUGAUGGACAGGGAUCUAUUCUAACAUACCAUAGGCAGCAUUUGCUCCCCAUUGUUCAAGACAUCCGGUGGGAGAAUUCUGGAGAAGACAGUCUCCCAGAGGAAAGUAUGGCAAAGGGUAUGACACCGCCCCGGGGGAGUAGUAUCGCGAUGGAAGAGGAGAAUGGAAACAAUGAUAAUGAAUAUGCUCCAGGAUAUUACUAUCAUGAUCGAGGGUUGGAGUCAGAGGAGUCUACGUUGGGGCAGGAUCAUCAGGCCCAGGAAAUACUAUCCCCACCCCACCAUUGUGACCAGGACGAAAGGGAAGAGGAUAGGGAAAUGAUACCUAAUGCGGAUUGGGAAGAAGGUGGUGAACCUGAGUCACGCGUUAAUGUACAGAGGGGACCUGAGAUUGUGUCAGAAAGACAGAGUAUGUCUCCUAGGCCUCAAAGGGUUCGAAAACCUCCAAGAAUUCUUACUUAUGAGCAAUUGGGAACUCCCACAGAGAUCCCACUGAUGUUACAUCCUAACAUUAUGAUGGCAUGGCCAUAUUUUGGGUAUCAGUCAAGAGGUUAGCGAAUGAAAUGGUAGGGCGCAAGAGAAGGUGGUGAUGUCCACUAGAAUCUAUGUGUACUCACCAGGGGGAGAAUAUAGCGCCCUAACAUAGGAAGACCAUGGGAGUUUAUUUAGAGGUAUGACAAGUUACUAUGACCCAUUGAAUUAUACUAUGUAAUGGUGUAUAUAAAUGAAUUCCUGUAUUUUCCAUUAUAUAUAUAUUUAACUAUGUAGGUGGCUGGUAACAAUUACAUGGUGUACAGGGCUGAUACUACUUAUGGGACAGCUGGAGAGAUUGUUCCAGAAACUGACCCUCACGCUGCUAUAACGGUCAAAUGGCAGAGACCGCAUGAGGAGGAGAGCAGGUGCACAAAAGUCAGUUGGUGCCGGUGACUCAGGAGACUGGAUGCAGCUGGGAACUGCUGAACACAGCCAGCCCCGGGAGCAGUGAGAGGAGACAAGUGACAGCCGCUAGGGAGAACCAGCAGAUCUUUACAAGGGGGAGCGCGGUGAGAGUGUGACGCAGCCCAGAGAAGAUGUGGUCGGGAGCCCGGAGUCUGCACGGUACCUGCCAGCUAUCCUUCCAGGCAUUGGGGGGAGAGGAGAUCACACUGAGGUAUUGUGCCGCUGCACGCUGCCCCCGCAGAGUCUUACAGGCAGGCAGGGGAAGGUGGUGUGACCCGGCGGAGAGCCAUCUUAGAGUCCUCUGAGCGGCAGAAGCAGCGGGAGGGGAAGCGGAGGUGGCCAGCGCUAUAACAACAUAGAUGCCAGUAGCAGCCUAGCAACAGCCACACACACCCUAACCCCAGGCCGAGCCACAGAGUGAGGCACCUAUAAGCAGUGAAGAAGCGGCCUAUGCAAAUGGGAGAGGAGGAGUAGGGAGAGCCCCUUACUGCAGCAUCAAUGGGCGGAGGUGUAAGUGUAUUUAAGCAGAUAUUCAUCGUACACUGUACACCAGCAGUACUAUCGCUCUAGUCUAUGACAGGAGUGGGACUGAUUAUACUAGCGCUAGACAACAGAUAUAGAGGAGCCGACUAUAGUACAGAGGAAUCAAAUUUUAUUGCAUCAUUAGUCCAGUGUGGAUUGUACAGUAUCGGUUCCUGCUCCGUCAUAAGAAAUUAAGAAAGCUGGAAAGUGCUAGAGGGCUAUGUAUAUGUACCUGUGGAACUGUGCCCAAGGACUAUAGUAGCGCUGCAUAAAUAUUUCUAGCAGUGUCAGUUACCAGUGUUUCACAGCAUCAAAUUAGCACUGGUGCAGGCGAAUCGGAACAUUAAGCAACCCUGAGGAUUAAUUUUUGAAGGAUAGGACCUGCUAGGUAUACAAAGGGUGUCGUUCUGCUUAGGAAACAGUAAGAGCGGAGACCAAGACAUUAAGCGCAGCAUUUUUUAAAGACAGCAAAUAAAAGCAGAGUCAAUAGUAAAGAGAUAGUCCAAAUUAGUCUGCAUUUUAUAAAUAGUUGCUGAACAAUUCACCUGUUCCAUAAGUACAAGGUGAAGAGACUGGUAGUCAGCAUAUAAAGAAUCUACUGUUAUGAGCCAAACUACUUCAAGUACCCCAAGACUGUGAUUAUAUUUCAUAUAUUGCUUCUAACCCGGAUAUCGCCUAAGGGACAGCUUAAACACUUAAACUCUGCAGGAACAUAGAGGACCCCUGUGUUACGAAAUACACAGGAAUACAGUUGGUUAAGGAGGUACAGCCGCCAGGGAUCAGAUAUACUAACAUCCCAAGGAGUACCAUGUAAAAUACACAUCUACUGUGAAGGGAAAAAGCCGAUUGUUAGUGUUUGAUACAUAUAAGUUAAGAAGUACCUUCUACUCAGCAGACCACAGAGAAACAUUUGUAACAUUAUAUAGGAUAGUAACUGUUGCAAUAAUUUUCCAGACUGAGCCAAGAGGCCUGUCACUAGCUAAAGGGAGAAUUGAAGGUUAUGGUUUAGUAACGAUGUUACAUAGUCUGUACUAAAUGCUGAUGUUUUCAUAGGUUUAUGGGCCCUAUAGUGCACUAUCACCCUAAGAGUACCCGGGUCACUCAAACACCUAUAGGUGUUAUUUCAAAGAGUAUUUUUUUUUGUAAUGCAUGCAGUUGGAAAUGUAUAGUAUAGAGUAUAUAGGAUAUUCUAUGAUAUAAAGAGAUAAGCUGAGAUAAAGAUUUAUUACAAUAUAAUUGCAAAGUUAUAAGUGAGAGAAGUGGUUGUGUUUUAUUUGCCAUAAAUACUUACCAAUAGGGUUAAUCGAGAAUUCAGUUGAUGACCGUUGGAGUGAAUCUGAAACACAAGGAAGAACAGACAGUUGUGAAGGUACAGGUCAAAGUGCAACCUAGGGGAAGGGUAUUAAUACAUGCUCUUCAUUGGCUUUCCCAAGCAAGCCUAAACUACAUAAGUGCUUGGGUGGAGGCACGCCUUAGUAGUCACUGAUAGUAACCCCCUCACUGCAGGGAAAUAGUGGGUAGG